AUGUUGAACUAUUCAAUAAUAAUUUUUUAUUUUUCUUUUUUAAUAAAUAAUAUUAAUUUAAAAACAGAGAAAUUUUUUACAACAUGGAGAACACUAGCAGAAGAACAAGCGACAGCUCCGUUGAUCAGAAUGGCGAGAUCUACUAGUACUAUGGAAGGUCGUUUGAAUAGAUGGUUAGACUUUAUUCAAGAAGAAUUUUUUAGUAAUAUAGAUAAAUUUAAAAGUAAUUCAACGGGAACUGAUGCGGCAAUUCAAUGGGUGAAAGAUAAAACUAAUAUUCUUAUGCAUGCAUUGAAUUCUACUAAUGAUACUCAAGAUAGAAAUUUGUUAAGUCAAACUCUCACUUCAUGGAAUGAACUUGCGAGAAAACUUCUAAAUUCUACGUUGGGUUUAGAUUUUAGUAACGGGUCGUCCAGCAGUAAUUCUACUGGAAGUAGCAAUUUACCAAAUAUGUCUACACCUUUAUCCACAUUAUCGUCAUUUCCCGCAACUGAUGUAUCUACAGGUGUAGAAAAGAUUACUACUAUUCUUUCUGAAAAUUCUACAGGAAUUCCAGGUUUAUUAUCUACAACUUCAAGUGGUAUAGCUCAAGAAUCCUCUUUAGGGUAUAGUAUAUCUGAGGGAUGUUCAAGCAUUUUUUGUGGAUCAACUACCAUUGCUUUAUCUCUUCCUUUUGUUAUUAUUGGAGGUUUACUUUUUUUUGUAUAUCUUUAUAAGUUUACUUGUUUUGGAUCAUUUCUUGGAAGAAGUAAUAUAAAAAAAGAAAGAAGAAAAAGAAGGAUAUAUAAUGUGUCAAUGGAAAAUAUUGAGGAUCCUUAUGAAAGUUCACAAGAAACAGAAUCUAUGAAAAGUACAUUAGAAAGUUCGGAAGAAACAGAAGCUAAGAGAAGUAAAUUAGAAAGUUCAGAAGAAACAGAAACUAAGGGAAGUAGGUUAGAAAAUUCAAAAAAAACAGGAGCUAUGAGAAGUGGAUUUAACAGCUUAGCUAGGGCAUUUGGAUACAAAUACAGAAAUAUCUUUCCUUAUGUAGAUAGUAAUUCUUAUGAAAAUGAAACCGCAUUAUGA